AUGGAGGCUUCACGCCCUUCCUCUCUGGCGGGGAAGUUUGUGGUGGUCGGCGGUGGCAUCGCGGGCGUCACCUGUGCGGAGCAGUUGGCUACUCAUUUUCCAUCAGAAGACAUUCUCCUGGUUACAGCUUCCCCGGUUAUUAAAGCAGUCACAAAUUUCAAGCAGGUUUCUAAAAUAUUAGAAGAAUUUGACGUUGAAGAACAGCCCAGUACUGUGUUAGAAAACCGCUUUCCCAACAUUAAGGUUAUUGAAUCUAGAGUAAAGCAACUGAAGAGUGAAAAACACUGCAUUUUAACAGAAGAUGGCAACCAGCAUGCAUAUAAGAAGCUCUGCCUUUGUGCUGGUGCUAAACCAAAAUUGAUAUGUGAAGGAAAUCCUUAUGUAUUGGGAAUCCGUGAUACAGACAGUGCUCAGGAAUUUCAGAAACAGCUCACUAAAGCAAAAAGAAUAAUGAUCAUAGGGAAUGGUGGUAUUGCACUUGAGUUAGUGUAUGAAGUUGAAGGUUGUGAAGUGAUUUGGGCCAUUAAAGAUAAAGCCAUUGGGAAUAGUUUCUUUGAUGCAGGAGCAGCAGAAUUCUUAGCAUCAAAGCUCAUUUCUGAGAAGCCAGAGGCUAUGCUUACACAUAAAAGAACCAGAUAUACAACUGACGGAAGGAAAGAGGAAGCAAGAACCAAAGCUAAGGCUAGAAAUGUUGGCAGUGCCUUGGGACCUGAUUGGCAUGAAGGCUUGACUCUUAAAGGCACAAAAGAAUUUUCUCAUAAGGUUCACAUUGAAACUAUGUGUGAAGUAAAGAAAAUCUACCUUCAGGAAGAAUUUACAAAUUUGAAAAAAGAGUCCUUGACUUUUCCAAGAGACCAUCAUGAUAAAUCUGUUAAAAGCACUGAUAAAGAGUUGUGGCCAGUUUAUGUGGAAUUGACUAAUGAAAAGAUCUAUGGCUGUGAUUUCAUUAUCAGUGCUACAGGAGUCACUCCAAACAUAGAACCUUUUGUCCAUGGCAACAAUUUUGAUUUAGGACAAGACGGUGGCCUUCAAGUAGAUGAUCAUAUGCACACAUCACUUCCUGAUGUCUAUGCUGCUGGCGAUAUCUGCACUGCAUCGUGGCAGCCAAGCCCUGUAUGGCAGCAGAUGAGGUUGUGGACCCAGGCAAGACAGAUGGGAUGGUAUGCAGCAAAAUGUAUGGCUGCAGAUACUUUGGGAGAGACUAUUGACAUAGAUUUCAGCUUUGAACUUUUUGCUCAUGUAACAAAAUUUUUUAACUAUAAGGUUGUGUUACUGGGAAAAUACAAUGCACAAGGCUUGGGUUCAGAUCAUGAAUUAAUGCUGAGAUGUACCAAAGGACAAGAAUACGUCAAAGUUGUCAUGCAGAAUGGCCGAAUGAUGGGAGCAAUCUUAAUUGGUGAAACAGAUUUGGAAGAAACAUUUGAAAAUCUUAUUCUAAAUCAGAUGAAUCUUUCUUCAUAUGGAGAAGACCUGCUAGAUCCAAACAUUGAUAUAGAAGAUUAUUUUGACUGAAACAGACAUUUCAGGAAACACAUAAAAUUCUAAAUAAGACAAAUCACAAGCCAAUAAAUUGAGUGACU